UCCAGUUAAUUGUUAUCGAUGUUCAUCAAAGCCACUAAUUAAUCGCCAACCAUAGGUCACUUAGUUGUAACUCGUAGGCAAAAGAAAACCACAAGUUGAAUUUGAUCACAAAAGAUCAAUUUAGGUAAUUACAUGUAAUUUAAUGGGAAACAAUGAAAAUUAUUGAGAAAACAAAAAAGAGUAAAAGUAAAAUCAACUGAAAGGUGUCGCUUUGGGGAGAGAAGAUUAUUAAUUCAUUUUCUUUGUUUACUUUUUCAUUGAUUAAUUUACAUUUUCUGAGAAUUUAAAUUGCUUUAAUUAUUGCGAUCUUGUCUCUCUUUCACCUUUGUUUUAUGUUCCAAAUCUGAUCGACUGUAAUUGGUUUUCUUAUGUUUUCUAUUGUUAAAUUAACUGUUGGAUUUGAAAAGAGUGACUUUUGUUUUUUUGUAAUUCUUUCUACUUUCUGUUUUGUCCGAUUAGGUUAUUUGGGUGUUCAUCUAAAAUAAUCGUCCAGCAUUAAUACUGGAAUACAUAGAAAUGGAAGUACUUCUCAUCUAUGAUGCUCCAUUCUCCCAACUUGACUCUGGGUCUUUAUUAUUGAAGCUUUGUGACCUGAUGUUCAAUAAAUUGUACCGAUUGGCAAAAUAAUGGAAAAGAAUGAAAAAAAAUGUAAUGGAAAAAUGAACAACUAACGGAAAUGGAAUAUUCUGACCAAUGGUGUCACCAGGAUCUUAAGAUAACUGAGAAUGAAAGUCACAAGUAUUUCGGAUCUUGAAAGCCUGAGAAAUGAUGAAACGUAAUAAUACUUUAGUUCUCUGGAUAGAGAGAGAGAGAGAGAGAGAAAGAUGAGGAAAUAGUCCUUUCUUAUUUCUUCUCAAACAAUGAUGAUGACUCGAAUUCAGUGAUUACUUCAAAAGACUUUGGUCCUCUUCUUAUCAUCAAUUGGUCAUUUCCAGUUAUUUUUCUUUACUUUCAUCUGUUUCCUUAACCUAUUUCAUUGCUCUCAUCUCCUUUGUGAAAUAUUUUUAACCAUGAACAUGAUGUUCUACUAUUUUCUAAAACAAUCUUCCAGAUAUUGGCCAUUAUUUGUUAAUGUUUGGUAAUGUUCAGCUAUAGAAAUGACAUUGAAAAACUUAAAGACAAAGAUCAACAUCCAUUCCCGGAAAGGACAUUUCUCAUCGACUCUAUUAACUUUCACUUUCUUAUUGAUUUCCUUGGACUGAACAUUCUUACAAAUAAUACUCAUGGAAAAGUACCCGGAGAUAUUUCAAGCACCAACACUGGUAAAUGCUGGACAUUUAUUCACCUUUCAGGUUCAUUGGCAAUAACAUAUUUCAGGUUAUUUAAUGUUUGAAUUCAGUGACUGAAUAUUUCCGUGGAAAUGAUUAACUCAGAUAUAACCAGUGGAAUCCAUCAGCAGUCCGAAAUUUCCAAUGCAUUUGGUCACGAAAAAAGUAAAACUCGAACAGCAUCAAAAUCUGGAAUCUCUGGCGAUCAUUCAAGUGGAAAAAGUCCAACUUUAGAUCCAGAUUCAGGUCGAAGUGAAUCAACCGAUCGCGGUGACAUAACCGAAAGUCCAUGUCAACAUAAACCCGAUUUAAUUGCUGUUAGUGAUUUUCUCAACGAGUUGAAACCACCAUUAGGAACGAGAUAUUUAAAAAAAUACUGUGAAUAUUUACACGUGAAAACUGAAUCCAAAUGAAUUAAUCAACAUUAUCAUGAUCAACAGUUAACAACCUUGAUAUCCAAUCAGUAAGAUAAACUGUAUCAUGAUUUAAGGAUAAAUACGAUAAUCAAUUGAUAAUUUUUUCAUACACAAAGUUAUUAAUUACACUAAUCUUGAUAGUGUGUAAAAGAUGUUAAAAAAUCAAGUCUUUGAUUUAUUUUCAAUUCAUAAAUUACUGAUAAUUUGUCAUCAAACUUGUUACACAACCAAUUUAAUUAAUAAAUUGUAAGAGGUUUCAAAUAA